AAAGGAAGUCCUUCCCGAAUUUUCUAUCCAAUUUCCAUCCACUUUCCGACUUUGUUUAUUUUCUCGAACUCAUGAAUUUGAAUGGAUGAAUAUUCUUCUUCCUUUGUCAUGAUUCAACUCGCCUUCCUCAUUGAUCUUGGCGCGAAACCGUUUCGCAUCUUCCCCUCUGCAACGGCAAGUCUACGGGUAAGAACUGGAAGAUCCCUAUAAAUCUCCCAUGGUGGAUUCUGGUGGGAAGUGGCAAAUUCCGCUGAUUCUUAAUUGGGGAAACCUUUGAUUCGGGCCCGAGACUCAACCGAAUCUGUUUCGCUCAAUUGGCGUGUGUAUAUACAAGUUAGGUUUUAGCUUACCAAUUAUAGCAGGACGCGUCGAGAACCGAUAGAGCCGUUCCCAGUUUCAUCAGUUACAAAUGCGCUUCGGGACCCCUUUAUAAGAGAGGGAGAGGGUUCAUCGUCCCACCGGAGUUUGGAGAAGAAGGGAGGGAAUCAAGGGUUGCCCAGUUUUCUUGAAGUAAUUUGAGGGGUUGAGGGACAACGAUGGGGGCAUGCUUUUCGGAUGUGAAAGGAGGAAUGCAGGCGGUGGGAGGGACCCGUUACCCGCCCUAUGGAGGCGGAGGAAGCUCGAGCAUUAUUGGUGGUCCCAACGACGCUGUUGACAUGUUCUACCGAGCUCGAUGUCAACAGGCGCUCUGCACUCCGCUCGAGUUGUCCAUGUCUGCAUCAAAGUUACGUGAUCGUGACAUCUUAUCUAAGAGUGACCCCAUGGCAGUUGUGUACCUAAAGAAAAGAGAUGGGAGGCUCGAGGAACUUGGGCGGACAGAAGUUGUAUUGAACAGUCUAGAUCCUGCUUGGAUCCAAAAGGUUUCUGUCUCCUAUCAGUUUGAGAUGGUUCAGAAUUUAGUCAUUCAUGUGUAUGAUGUUGACACCAAGUAUCACAACUUACCAGUGAAGGCUCUGAAUCUGAAGGAUCAAGAGUUUCUUGGAGAAGCUACCUGUGUGCUGUCCGAGAUAGUGACUCAACGAAAUUGUAGUUUGACUAUAAAUUUGCAAAACAAGCAUGGACAAGUUGGCCCUAGAAACCUGGGCACUCUUACCGUCCAUGCCGAAGAGCCAGUUGCUUCAAAGACUGUUGUCAAUAUAACUUUUCGCUGUACCAAUUUGGAUAACAAAGACUUGUUUUCUAAAAGUGAUCCAUUCUUGAGAAUAUCCAGAAUAGUUGAGACAGGGAAUUUGGUACCAAUUUGCAAGACUGAAGUGGUGAAUAAUAACUUGAACCCAAUUUGGAGGCCUAUAAGUCUAAGCAUGCGACAAUUUGGAAGCAAGGAGAACCCCCUAGAGAUUGAGUGCUUUGAUUUUGAUUCAGAUGGCAGUCAUCAAUUCAUGGGUACACUCAAGAAAUCUAUAGCAGACCUCGAGAAACUUCACCGGGAUAGGACUGGUGCAAACUUUGUUUUACCAGCUUCUUUGAACCGUGGGCGUGAAAAGGUUCUCAAAGGUCAGCUUUUUGUGGAGCAAUUCAGUGAGAAGCCGCAGUUUAGCUUUCUGGAUUACAUAUCGAGUGGAUUUGAGCUCAAUUUUAUGGUUGCUGUUGAUUUUACUGCUUCUAAUGGAAAUCCUCGAAGUCCUGAUUCAUUGCAUUAUAUUGAUCCUUCCAGGAGGUUGAAUUCCUAUCAGCAGGCUAUAAUGGACGUUGGAGAGGUCCUUCAGUUUUAUGAUUCUGACAGGCGCUUCCCUGCUUGGGGUUUUGGUGGAAGGACUUACGAUGGCUCAGUGUCACACUGUUUUAACUUGAGUCCAAGUGGCCAUGAGGUUGAAGGAGUCGAAGGCAUCAUGGCUGCUUAUUCGGGUGCAAUACACAAUGUUUCCCUGGCGGGACCUACUUUGUUUGGUCAAGUCAUCAACAAGGCUGCUGAAAUUGCUGGGCAGUCCCUGUUAGACAACAACAAUAAAUAUUAUGUUCUGCUCAUCAUCACGGAUGGAGUCCUUACUGACCUCCAAGAAACAAAGGAUGCCUUAGUGAGGGCAUCAGAUCUUCCGCUCUCGGUACUUAUAGUCGGAGUUGGCGGUGCUGACUUUAAGCAAAUGGAGAUACUUGAUGCGGAUAAUGGAAACCGAUUGGAGAGCUCUACUGGUCGGAUGGCGACGAGGGACAUUGUGCAGUUUGUCCCAAUGCGAGAAGUGUAUGGUGGUCAGAUAUCCGUGGUGCAAGCUCUAUUGGAGGAGUUGCCUGGUCAGUUCUUGAGUUACAUGCGCGCUCGGGACAUCAAACCGCUCCCUCACGCUUCUGGAACUACUGUUUGAGGCACCGCCACUAUCUUACAAAGGCCAUCAGUACUAUUGGUGAAUAGCAACUGGUUCGCAGAAAAUGUAAAUAAUAUCGGAUGUGUCGGGAUUUAGGUUAUGGUUCAGUUCAGUUUAAUUGUACAGACAGUUGCUGUUCGUGAAUCCUAUUAUAUAAACGUACGUACAAUUGGAAAAUUUUCAUAUACUGUCAAAACUCAAAAGUGCCUUGGGGCAUUACCGAUGCAACAAAACUUCAAAAUUCUUGAUUGUA